ACACCAACUACAAGUUAACAAACUUUAGGUUAAGGAAAAGUGGAAAAUUGGCAAAAAUGAAUAUACUUCUAUGGAUGGUAUUAAUUUUAUUUGUAUCAAAUAGCGUUGCCACUCUUAAGAAGAGCAAAACAAAGGACCAAUGUUCAACAAGAUGUUCUGCAAAUGGCAUCCCAGGAAUCCCUGGAAUACCUGGUGCACCAGGAUCGUCAGGACGAGACGGACUCAAAGGAGAUGUAGGAUCAAAAGGAGAAAAAGGUGAACCUGGUAAACCUGGCGUAUCGGUAAAUAAUGAAAUAUUUAAUCUGAACUGGAAACAAUGUGCAUGGAAAAGAGUUUACAGCAAAGAUCAUGGAUUGAUACAGAACUGUAUUUUUACAAAAAAGUUCGAAAACACAUCUCUUCAAGUUUUUUAUGGAGGUAACUUACGUAUCGCUUUUUGCAAUACUUGUUGCAAACGUUGGUAUUUUACGUUUAAUGGAGUGGAAUGUAAAAAUCCUCUUCCUAUUGAUGGAGUUUUUUAUAUACACACUGUAAAACCAGAAAAUAUCCAUCGGCAUCGUCAUAUUGAAGGAUACUGCAACAAAAUCCAUAAAGGAAAAGUACAAGUUGGUUUCUGGGUCGGCAAUUGUGCUGGUUAUGGUAACGCAGAUGCGGACAGUGGAUGGAAUUCAGUUUCUCGUAUUGUUAUUAAAGAAGUUUCUCCUCCACAAGAUUAAUUCACUUUCAGAAAAAGCAGUGCUGAAAUAAUUCAUGAUAAUUUAUGAUAAUUUGUGUUCAAUUUGAUGACCUAUGUAAUUCAGACUUAUGUAAAUGUUAUGUUAAUUUAUUAGUAUGUGAAAAUGUACGUCCAUAUAUAGCAAAUUUUGAACAAACAUGAUUUCUUGCAUGAGCAGUUAUAGCGAUAACAGCGUUUAUUACUGUCGUUAUAAUCCUUUUAUAUCAAGAUUGCGUUACUGGUCUAUUUAAUCAAUAAAUUUUGUUUUUUUCUCAA